AUUAUUUCGUUCUCCUUUUUGCUCGUGUACUGGAAAUGACAUUACCCACUCUGGGAUGUCAAAUGUCCCGGCCGCCGGGACGGGAAGGGCAGGCACGCAUUCGGUCUUUGACCAGAGGCGACUCUACGGUAGUCAAUCACUCUCUGCGAAUCAACGGCUCCCGAUUACACCUUGACUUGCUCGGUCUCCGCCCCACACCAGAGUCCCUGAGCAAAAGUCCCUCCUAAGAAGGAAAUCAGGAGCGUUGGUAUCGAGAGGGGAAAUCCAUUUUGUCAACGUGUCCUGGCGACGGCGGCUCGGGGUGUGUCCGCCGAGCCGGUUCAAUCCCCGACCUGGGCUCCGCGGACGCCUCCUCGGGCAGCGUGCCGGGGACUGAACCUGCUUCCCACGCUAUGAAUGACUGGGACAGAAAUAAGAGGGUUCUCCAGGAGCUGGCGAAGCAGGGGGAGAACAGCCGCUGCGCCGACUGCGGGGCAGCAGAUCCUGAGUGGGUCUCCUACACACUUGGGGUGUUUAUCUGCCUGAACUGCUCUGGGAUUCACCGAGAUCUGUCAGGAAUCAGUAGAGUUAAAUCCAUCCAGCUCGACUUCUGGGAUGAUACCCUGGUUGAGGAAAUGAGAAGGAAAGGGAACCAAGUGGUGAAGCGGUAUUAUGAAGCAAACAUCCCUCCAUUUUACUACAAGCCACAGGCCGCAGACUGCAAAGUUCUGAAGGAGCAGUGGAUUCGAGCCAAGUACGACCGGAAGGAGUUCGUUGCAGUCAGCAGUCCGCAGGAGAUCUUCACGUCAGGUAAAGGAGCAGGUGACCGAACCGGAUGCCUGUGGAAGCGGGGCAAGGACAAAGGAAGUUUUCACCAAAGGAGUUUCCAACUUUUGGAGAAGGAGGGAACACUGAGAUACUACAGCAGGGAGGAUGUUAAGGAGCCAAGGGGAGUCAUUCAGGUGUCAAAGAUGAAUGCCACAUUCCAGCCGGAAAAGAUCGGGAAUCCCAACGGACUGCAAAUCACCUUUCUGGAGGAUGGCCACACCAGGAAUAUAUUUGUGUACCACAAGAGUGGGAAGGACAUUGUGGACUGGUUCAAUGCAAUAAGGGCAGCCCGGUUCCGAUAUCUCAAGAUGGCUUUUCCCACAGCCCAUGAAUCAGAUCUCAUUCCUAAGUGCACAUGGAAUUAUGCAAAAGAGGGAUACAUGGAAAAGACAGGCCCUUUGGAAAAAGAACAUUUUAAAAGGCGAUGGUUUACCCUGGAUAAUAUAAACCGCAAAUUGCUGUAUUUCAAAGAGCCGCUGGAUGCCUAUACGCAAGGGGAGGUGUUCAUUGGGAACACAGAGCAUGGGUACGACGUGACAGAGGGGCUCCCUCCCGGUGUCAAGGGCAACAAGUGGAACUUUGGGUUAACGAUACGGACCCCGGGGAGGAGGUUCCUGUUUACAUGUGAGACUGAGCAGGACCGCAAGGAAUGGAUCAAUGUUUUAGAAGAGGUUAUUUCCAAGCCCAUGUCCUGUCAGGAUUACACAGUUGAGGCGGCCUUGAGGCGAAAACAGAGGAGAUGAUCAUUGAUAUCUUGGUUUUGACGCCAUAAAGACACACUUUGACCGGAAGAUAAACUUAAAUAAGCAAUGGGGAUAUACCAGUUGUGGAUAAUAAGUCCCUCGCUGUUCACAGAAUAACUAGCUGCAGGAGCUACCUGAAUGCACUGUGAUCUGAACAGAAAAUUACUCAAAAUUGAGGAAAGCUCCUCCAUCACUGGUUCUGUGGUCGUCUGAAAUCAACUAAUUUAAUAUUGGAAUUGGAAACCGAGACUAAAGCAGCAAGCAUUUCCUUGGAACCUUUUCCUGCUGCUGCUGGAUUUGGAAACAGGCAAACAGAAGCCAAACUCAAAGGACUGCUGUUAUUUCAAUGAUAGCAAUCGUUCCUACUCUGGGCCACGUAUGGAUGGGUCAGUCGUCUUUACACCUACUUUGCCACAGCUUCAGACGGCAAUCCUUAACUUGCUUAAUUGAGAGAUCAUUGGAGCAACAGGUUAACUGUUUGCCUCAAUACGUCGCUUUAAUGAGUUGACCGGCAUGGACGGUGAGCAAGGCCUUUUCCCCCCAUUGUACCUUCGUACACGUGAUAAUAAAUCAAUUUACCGUCUGGCACUGAGUGAAUUACAGAUCGUCAAAUGGGUUCAUAUUCCUGGUGAAUGUGAGGUAAAACAGCCCUUACAAUGGGGUUAGUCACACUGGCAAGAUUUAGUUAUGAACCUUCCGCAGAAAAUAGUAACCAAGAACGCAGACGGUGUGGAAAGAGGAGCUUUGUCUUGCUGCAGUAAUAGCACAACAGCCGAAAUACUCCACUCCGUCCGUCCCGUCACGAAAGGCGGGAU